UGAAUUAUCUUUUAUUAUUAGGUAUUUAAAAAGAGUUGGAUGUUGUAGAUUGAUAGCCCUAGCUAGGCGAUUUUGUGAUUUUCUCCACAUCACAUUCUUGUAACUUUCCAACCUUGUCUCCCCCCUCCCCCCUAUAUAUCCCCCACACUCUCCUUCGUUCCUCCCCUCAAAGACUCUCUCUCUCCCUCGAUCGAUCUUCAAGAAGUAAAUCACCAGAUUUUAUGCAAGUGAAUCAUCAUGAGCUGCAACGGAUGCAGAAUACUCCGGAAAGGGUGCAACGAAAACUGCAUUCUACGGCAAAGCUUACAAUGCAUCGAGAGCCCUCAAUCUCAAGCCAACGCCACCCUCUUCGUCGCCAAAUUCUUCGGCCGCGCCGGCCUCGUCUCCUUCCUCUCCUCCGUCCCCGAUUCCCAAAGACCUGCACUCUUUCAGUCCUUGCUGUUUGAAGCGUGCGGCCGCACGGUCAACCCGGUCAACGGAGCCGUCGGCUUGCUGUGGACCGGCAAUUGGCGCGUGUGCCAGUCGGCUGUGGAGACGGUGCUCCGCGGCGGAGUCCUCCGCCCCUUGCCGGAGUUCGAGGAAGGUUUAUUAACGGAAGAGAACGAUGAUUCGCUGUACGGAUCGCGAGAUCUGAACAAGAGGCUGAAAGCAUCGGAUGAAGGUAGCAGCGCGCUGGACCUCGGCUUGACGGCGGCAAAGAGAGUGAGUCGCAGAGAGAAGAAGAGACCGGCGACGCCGUCGGAUGAGUCCGAUACGACGACGUUCGAGAGCGGGUUUGCAUGUCAUCAGGAUUUGCAGCACGGACAUGAUCAAACCAAGCUCCUGCACCUCUUCUUUUAAUUAGGAUAUGAUUUUCCCUUUUUAAUUAGCCUUCCGCUUUUUUAACCAAACCUUGAGUUAAUUGGAGUAUCUUUUCCUCUUUUUUCCUUACUCAAAAUAACUUCUCAUAUUCCAUACUACUACUAAAUUGUAAUUACUUGCUUAAUUUAUAUCUAUGCAUGAUUAACAAAAACAUGGUUAUUUCCCAA